AGGCAGGCAUUGAGUCAUUCUAUAGAACCUGAAAUCAAACUCUGGUGGCGACCUGUGGCACCCAGUCCAGUGCUCCUUGACACCUACGUGGAAGCGGGGGACAGCCAACUCCAUGAAAUGCGAAUGGUCAGAGAUGAACAGCAGUGCCGGGGACCUGGGUGUUGGCGACUGCAGCUCCUGGGAUGAUCCUGCUCGCUUCUUCAUGGUGCUGGCGGCCUAUGCCUUGGCGCCGGGCCUGGGGCUGCAACCCACGUGGCUGCCCCGGCAGUGUUUGUCAGCAGCGGCGCCUGGGCCAGGCCCUGCGUCUCUACCUGCUCAGCCUGGCCCUGGCCAACGUGCUCUUCACGCUCACUCUGCUGCCGUGGCUCACCUACUACCUGGGCCUGGCCCACGUGCCCCUCCCGGAGGCUGCCUGCCGCACGGCUGGGAUGGCCUACCACGUGUCCACCUACCUGGCGGUGGCCUUCUUCAGAGCCGUCUUCUUGCGGGUGCUUGCGGCCUACGUGAGCCUGGUGCCAACGCUCUAGGCGCCCUCGGGCCUGGGCCCUGCUCCUGCCGGUCCCCGCUGGAGCAUGGCCAAGACCAUGGUCCUGGGGCUCCCGCUGGUCUUCGCCCUCUGUCUGGCGCCCUACCACCUGCUGCUGGCGCCCUGGGUGGCUGGGCGGGGCAGUGACGGAGACCGGUUUCACACCACUGCCACCCUUGACGUCCUGCCCACCCUCAGCCUGGUGCUACUGAGUCUCAACAGCUGCCUGGACCCGUUCAUCUGCUGCUUUUUUGUGCACCACUUCUGCCAGGACUGCUGGGCACUGAGCUGCUGCCCUGGGAGGGGAGUGCCCAGGGUGCAUGGGGCCUCCUUGGCCUCCUCCUAGAGACUUUUCUUCGGCCUCCCUGCCUGUUUCAUCCCCCUGCCACCCUUCCAGUGGCAUCCAGGGUGGAGAAACCUCUUUGGAAAGACCUAGAUUCUGAUGCUGAUGCAUACUACCACAUACUACCCCUGUAGCUGUGAACCUCCAGGCUCAUCUGGAGGGCAUAGAACAUUCUUUGUAACCCGAAUAUUCCCUGGAAGUUGCCAGCUUUUGGAUACAAAUAAUAUACCAUUGUGUUUUUUUUAAACCUCUUGAGAUAAAACCCAAAGUCAUCAUGGCCUACAAGGCCCUGUCUGAUUUGGCUCUCCCUUCUCUCUAGACCUUAUCCCACCACCCCUGCUUCCCUGCAGGCAGUCACCUUCUCAGGCCCAGGAACAUGCCAGUCUCCUACCCUUCACGGCCUUUGCACCAGACUUGGCCAGGAAUGAUCUCUGUUCCUCUCUUUCACUAGGGUAGUUCUUCUUCACCCUCGCUUCCUCUAAAAUAACUCCUUAUAGGGAAGGCUUUCUUGGCUGGCAACACACACAUACACACACACACACACACACCCCAGCACGCAUGGGGCUGAAUCAGAUCGGAUUGCUCUUUUGUAGCUCUUUUCAUAAUUGUAAUCAAGCAAUUAAUUGGGUUAUGUGUUGUUGUUUUCUUUCUCUCUUGCCAGAAUGUAUUCAUGUUGAUCCAUAAGAAAUUAUCAUUUUUAUAAGUCCCCAAAAGUUGAAUAUUGGCAAUUUUAUUUCCAUCCAAUUCAAUAAAUUCUGUGUUUACCUUGCUCA